UCGACAUCAUUUUUCAUUUUUACCUGUAUAUUUAUUUACUUAUCUACGUUUAAGUUUUAUCGUCUUGCCAUUUAAAAUAAUUCAUUAAUUAAACCGUUUUUUUUUGAGACAAAAUAAUAUUUUUUUUAAAUAAUUGAACCAAUUCUACAAAAUCAAUUGAAUUUUUAUCGGAAUAUAUCGAAAUUGAUAUAAUAAUAGGAAACGUGUGGUUUUGCGCUAAAGGCUGUUUGUGCAGCACAACAAUCAAUAAAGAUCCUAGAGAAGCAAUGAGGCGUCCUGUUGAUCCAACAACUCCAACACAAACAACACCCACCAACGACGAUGAAUAUUGCCAAAGUAGUGAAUGUGACCAAAAAAGUACAGCCGUAGCAAUAUAUAAAACAAAAAAAGAUAAACGUUUAACAGAGAGUCGAUUUGCAAAAGUGAAACGUAUAUUAAGUGGUACAUUAUCAUUAGGACGAUCACAACAAGAUACCACCACCAUUGAUAAAACAACACCAAAUAUUGGCAUGGAAUCAACUAAGAAAUCAACACGGAAACGUGAUCGAUCUCAAGAGAGAGAUCGAUCACAUCUCAAUCAAAAUGAGUUAAAACAAAAUGUAUCUGACAAUAAUACAUCACCACAAAUUGGAUUAAAAUUAACUAAACUUGUUGAAUUAAAUAAGAAUUGUGAGACAUCACCGAUCAACAUACGAAAACGUAAAGAACAUCAUGAAAUAAUCAGUCCGUCCGAGGACCAAGAACGUAAAUUAAUACGAUCGAAUUCUGAAGAACGUCCUUUACAUACUAUCGUCAAUAAAGAAAUCAGCCAUUUAAAAGAUAUACGUCGUGUAUCCAGUCAUGAGGAUUUUAAAAAGAAAAUUUUAACACAACAAGUUGAAAGUGACAUUGAAAAUUCUAGUCCGAAACAUCAUCCGCAGCAUGCAUCCGUACAGGAAAUUAAAGUUGAUUAUGAAGAUUCUACACCAUUGCAAGAUCGAAGACAUUCACCAAACAAGGUAUCACCAAAUCGAGACCCUAAAAAUCGUUUUUUCAAUGAACAAAAAUUUUUGUCUGAUUUUGAAACAGAACAUGAAAAGCGACGUACUAGUGAACGUUUUUCACGACCUCUAGCACCACGAGGUCGAAGCAAAAUUGUAACAUCUGGAAUAAAAAAACGAAAAACAUUAAAAGAUCAAAAAAUCAAUAAAGUCAGUAAUGAUGGCGAGAGUAAAUUAAACGGUAAUGAAAUUUUGGACAAUGAUACAACUAAAUCAUCACCAAAAUUAUCUAAAUCUGAAGCCGAACUUCCUUUAGAUCUGAAUACUUUACAUGAGCAAAUUGAUAGUUCAGAACCAAUCUGUUCAAACUAUUUAUUUAUAGAAGAAGAAAUAUCUAGUUCUAAUCAACAUCCACCUUCAGCUCCGCCUUGUCCAAUGUUGUUGUCACCACGUAAUUCGUUAAUCAUGUCACGCAAAGUGUAUUUAGAACCAUUUAUACCGAUGCAAUCAAAAAAAUCUAUAGAAAAUACACCAAUAAAUCCGGUUGAAGCUCGAAUUCGACAAAUACAAAAGCAAAUAAAUAGUAUAAAGAAAAAAUUGAAAAAAUUAGAGGAAACUAAUAACGGUGCUACUGAAUUGGAUAAUAAAGUUUGGAUGGAUAAAAAAGUACGUGGCUAUAUGCAAGAUUUGAAUAAAUUAAAGAAAGAGUUAAAAUGUUUGAAAAAUAAUACAUCAAUUAUUAGUAUUAGCCAUCGACGUAAUGAUUCACAAGACUGCUAUGAAGUAACAGUGUCUGCCUCUACAGGUGAGGAAGCAAAUCCUAGGAAACGAGUGGAUAUGUUGAAAGAAACCUUGGUUGAAGUGCAAAAGCGUUUGUCUGAGAAAAGACAGCAUGCAAAUCGAAAUGAAGAAAUCAAUCAAAUGAAUGAUGAACAAUUGAUUGAUGAAAAAAUAGCUGUUCAAAAAGCAUUGUUACAUUUGGAAUCAAUUCAUGGCAGGCCAGUUAGCAAAGAAGAUCGGGAUGUUGUACGUCCAUUGUAUGACAGAUAUCGAAUACUAAAACGUAUUGUUGCUAGAACUACAAAUGCAAAACUAAAUAACAGUAUUACAGAAUUGGGUACAAUAUUAGAACAUGAAACAAUGAAUUUCGUAUCAACACCAAUUCAAGAAAAUGAUCGCGAUGGCGAUGAUAAUGACAAUGAUGACGAGGAUUCUCCUUCGAAUACACCUGGUGGUAGUAUGGACAGUAGUGAUACAGACACCUCAUCUGUCAAUGAAAACUUACACGCUUUAUCAUUAGAUGAAUUACUGGAACAACAACGGUUAACACGCGAAGAAAAGAAACAAACACGACGCUCAUUAAAAGAACACGAACAUGAAUUUGAAAUGAAAACUGGUCGAAAAUUACAGAAAGAUGAACGGUCAUCAAUGGAAAGUACUUAUUUCAUUUAUAAACAAUUAAAAGGGAAAUUAAAAUUAAUUGAAAUACUUAUAGAAAAAAAACGACAAAAUAAGAAUGGAACAUAAAUUGUGAUUAUUUUACGAAUUUUAUAAUCUGUUUAUAUACAUAUA